AUGGGUAAAGUAACCGUUGGUGGACAUUGGUUAGUCGAAGAAAAAAUCGGCGAGGGAUCUUUCGGCGAGGUCUUUCGAGCCGUUCACAUAAAAACAAAUGAGCAAUAUGCUAUUAAACGAGAGCUUAUAGACGAAGAGCAUCCACAAUUGCCACAGGAAGCCGAAUUUUUAAGAAGAUUAGCAGGCCCAAGUUUCAUACCGAAAUUAUAUUGGUUCGGGCAGGAGCAAUUAUAUAAUGCGUUAGUCAUGGAUUUGCUUGGUCCCAACAUCAGAUUGGUACGCCAGGCAUAUGGUAAGCUACCAGUCCCUUUUGUUAGCAAAAUAGCUGUACAAAUGGUGGAUAUCUUGGAACACGUACAUAGUCGAGGAAUAGUAUAUCGAGAUGUAAAACCUGAUAAUUUCCUUCUCGAACGGGAUUUCGCAAUUUCAAUAAAGGAGCUCGAGAAAUGGAACUCUGAAAAGGAUUCGCCCAAGCUAAUUGAUGACAAACAUCCCCUUCUUCAUAGUCCACACAAGAUAAGCCUUGUUGAUUUUGGGAGGCACGUUCCAAAGAAGCAUCCCCCGACAAAAUAUAAGACGGGGACUGCUCGUUAUGCCGCAAUGGGUGUUCAUCGUGGGCUUCCACAUGCGCGUCGCGACGACUUGGAAUCACUUGGAUAUGUUAUUCUGGAAUUGCUUCAAGGAACACUUCCUUGGGCGGGUGUAACAGCCCGCAAUGCGGUAGAAGGCUGGUCCAAGAUGUUAAAGAUGAAAGAGAGCAAACCUUUGGAAGAGUUAUUUGAGGGUGUUCCAUCAGGAUUCAUGAAAUUUCUUCAAUAUGCACGAAGUCUGGACUUUGAUCAGAAACCGGAUUACGCAUUUGCACGUAAUUUACUUGUUGCAACUUGCCGGAACGGAUACGAUUCUGAACUAGUAACUCUUGAAUUCGAAGAUUAUUCAUUGGCUCGCCCAAUGUCCCCAGCUCCUUUGACUCCUGCAAAUGAAUUGAGCUUUUGGAGUGACAACGCGUUUCGGGAUUUUGAUGGGGGCUACCAUUCUGAUGAAUGGAUUAAUCAUAACGACGACAGUGCGGUAAAGGCAGUGUGUGAUGGAAAUGUAAAGGUUCCUUGGUUGGAAGAUAGUUAUCCAACAAGAAAUUGCCAUCCUCGUUAUAAUGAUGAACAUUACAACCAAGAUGUAAUUCGUACUCGGUCAUUAAACACAAAACAAAGUCGCGAAUGGCGGGAUUUACAAAGUAGGCGUCCAUCGAUUCCUUCUCCGUUAUCCAUAUCUAUUCCACCAACACGUAAUUCGGCAAUGAAUACUUCUCGUGGGGUGACAUCUCCCAAUUAUAAAUUUGAGCAUAUGCAACAUUAUUCGGGCAUCGAUGAAAAUAUACCAUUAGGACCAAGACGAAGCAUACCCAACAUUCGGAACACAAACACCCUGGCAACGAAGUUCCUCAAGCGUAGUGUUCCUAACCUUCGCGAGCAAGCUCAUUAUAACACUGUCCCUCAACCGUCAUCGACAAUCAAGAGGACCAUGGCACAUAUGCAAGAUACACAACCAACAGCAACUACAAUUCAAGGUAGAAAAGGAACUCUUAAUAACAACUCCUCCUCCCCCCCUCGUUGUUAUUCGUUUAAGGAUAAUACGCAUAAUUCAGUCAGUCAGCCUCGAGAAGAAAUUAGUAAUACGACGAAUGGUAGUUCGCCUCAAAAUGUUAGAUUUUCCCCUCAAGACGCUCGCUUCUCUCUUCAAGACGGUAGGUACUCUCCUCAAGAUGCCAGAUUUUCAAGUCGUGAAAAUUUCCGAGGUCGUGAGCGUGCCAGCACUUUUAGUCAAUUCAGUAAUGUGCAAAAGCAAGAUUGUCGAUAUCCUCCAAUAUCUACUUCACCUGUUACACCAUCUCGUCAAGGUAGCAAGUCGUAUAAAGAACGUGAACGAUCACAUACAUUCACUAGUGGACAUAAUCCGCCCGUCAGCCCAAGCAUACAGAAUAUUUCACCAAAUGGGCCGAAUUCUUUUCAAUCUAAUGCUAAUAAUUGGUCAAAUGGAAAACGAGAACGGUCAAAUACCUUCACUAACGGUGGAAAAUCUAAAGAAUAUAAUUAUGGUGGCAAAAAUGGCUGUUAUGAACGUCGAAAUUAUAUGAAUGGACCUCCACAAAACCAUUCGCAGCAAAACUCGGGAUAUAAUAGAAGUGGCGCAUCUAGUAAUGUACAAAAAUCCCAGACUAAUAAUCGGCAAAAUCAACAAGAGGAAGAGAAUUAUCCUCCACGUUCAACCUCUACAACUCCAACAUAUGGUCAUCGACGUUCAAAUUCACAUGAGAAAGUUGAGCAAAAGAAAGUGUCUUCUGAAAUCAAUAAUGAACCGAAGGUGCCCUCGACAAAUGAACCUUUUUUCGAUUCUAUUGAUCAAAAGGUCUCAAAUGACAAGAUAAUUCCAAGAGGUUCAAAUAGCUUAGAUAAAGAUAUGCAAACUCCAAAUGGAACGAGAAUCGAGGAUGACAAGAUUGCUUUAAACGACACAGCUGUAAAUAAGCCGGUGAAUCACCAACAAAAUCAUCACGUGACAUUUUCAACGGAUCUCGAAGACAAUUAUUCUUAUUAUCCUAAUAGGCCCUCAAAUGGCUAUCGCAGGCAAAGCUUUUCGACCGUCAAUGAAGAUAAAUCAUCCAGAUCAAGGAGCCUUACGUUUCCAGAAAUAAGGCAAAAUAUUAAGAUUCAAAAUGACUCGAAUGGUUUCUGGAAAAGUACAACUAUUAAUGGAAAAAAUCCACGACCAGUUCUGAAGAAUAAUAAUCAAAGU